GGAUGACGGAAAACUGCUGAAUGAAGCUCUAUCAUUCCACCCCAGCAGCAACAGUUCUUGUCGCACUUUUCUCUGCGAUCGGAUCGGCGAGAAGAAAAAUAAAUUUCAACUGACUGAUCUAAUCCACCUUGAAAUUUUAUUGAUUUCAGAGAAAGUCUGAGGUAUUUAUUACCGAAAAAAAUAAGUCAUCAGGAAUACCACGAAUAAUAGUACUCAUGGGUCGUACUAUUAUUAAGACCUGGACCUACUGCGCCGGUUUUGCUGUGCGAUUGUGUCUAUUCUUGACCAAUUUCCACCAUGUUUUCCACCAGCGGAUCGAGGUAUCCACGCCUCUUAAUUCUUGGCUUAGAGUUCAAGAAGGACUAUACCUAAUGCGGAAGGGUAUCAGUCCUUAUACUGGGGACACUUUCCAUGAGACCCCUGUUGCUCUCUUGAUUGCUGAUUAUCUAGUCAAAUUGCCAGAAUUAUUAAUCUGUCUGGUUUUCAUUCUUUGCGAUCUAUUAACCGCAGUCGCUCUGGCUUCUGGGGUGGAAGAAGCAAAACGAUUUUAUUUUAUAAAGUCUCAGAAAACUUCGAAAUAUAUUCACUCCGAAGACACGAAGCAUUUGAAAAUUGAGGAGAAGGAGAAUUAUGGCGAGCUUGUGAUUAUGUCGUAUCUUCUCAACCCUUUCACAAUUGUUAAUUGUGUAGGUCAAACAACUACGGUGUUUGGAAACCUUGUCAUGGCAGUGAGUAUCCUCAGCAUGCUAAAAGGAUACCGUCUACUAACUGGCAUCAGUCUCGCAUUGUGUACUUAUCAGUCGCUCUAUCCGGUCAGUUUAAUUUUUCCAGCCAUCAUCAGUAUUUACAACAAAGAGUCUGAGACUGAAGGCUCCAAGAAGAAAUCAACCUUUACAACCUCCGCUGUCAAAACGGUUUUGAGCUUUCUUAUCCCAUUUUUGAGUUUGAUGUACAUUUCUCACUUUGUUACAAAUGACUGGGGAUUUUUGGACAGCACUUUUGGAUUUAUAUUGAAUGUACGUGAUCUUAAACCAAAUAUCGGACUAUUCUGGUAUUUUUUCACCGAGAUGUUUGGACACUUUCACCUCCUCUUCAUCUGCACAUUUCAAAUUAAUGCUUUCAUCUACAUGAUUCCAUUGACGAUACGUUUCUUUAACGAACCGUCCAUCCUAAUUUACUCGUUCUGCGCUCUCAUGUCCAUCUUCAAAUCAUACCCCUGCAUUGGGGAUGUUGGAUUCUACUUGGCACUGCUUCCAAUGUGGAAACAUUUAUUUCCAUUUAUGCAACAAAAGUUCUUGGUGGGCUGUUUCUUCAUUGCGACUUCCGUACUAGCACCUAUUCAGUGGUUUUUGUGGAUUUACUCUGGAUCUGCCAACGCCAAUUUCUACUUUGGGGUUACGAUUGCGUUUGGAACUGCACAAAUUUUCCUGUUAACUGAUGUUCUUCUGGCCUACAUGAAACGAGAGUAUUACCUCUGUCACGGAAUGAAAAAAGAAAUAGAUGGGAAGCCAGCUGGCUUAUCUUUACAAUAAACCGAGUGAGCUAAAGUCGAAGUCGAAUUAACGUAAUUUACAAAGGUUAACUAAAUUAUUUGCGAUACUUUAAGCUAGAGCAUGUCUUAUCCUUCUGUUUCUAUUCAUACUAUAUACUGUCUGUUUGUGUAACUACUUGUUUUUACGUUUUUCACAUAUUAUUAUGAAUACAUACAUAUUCACAUAUAUACAAAAAAUCAAAA